AAGCAUGACAUUUAGUGAUGAAACUCGUGAAGUGACGUGCCAGUUCAGUUGUUUACGCGCUCAAAAAUUGUUCGGCAAAUAAAAAAACCAAAUUCAUUUUUGGUGUUGAUUUGUCUCUCUCAUUCGGUUGAUAGCAUUUCUAUUUCUUUUCAAAUUGAUAAAUCGUUUGUUGUGUUCAACUGGCAACAACACAUACACAUAUCGAAUAAAAUUGAACCUACGAAAAGACAUAAACGAUUGACUUGGUUCAUUUGUUAGCUAUAAGUUGUAUCGACCGAACGAGAAGAGACAGCGAACAAAAAACAAGUGUUCGAAUAAAAAAUAUUUAGCAAAAUUUCGUGUGAUUGUGUUCAUUAAAAUAAGAAACAAAUUAUUUGCAAUUGUUUCAAAAUAUCUAUCAUCAGUUGUUGCUGUUGUUGUUUGCUUCAGAGAAGGUUUAUUCAAGGUCAAUUCAUUUGUGCCGGCUAUACAAUGGGUCCAAUACAUAUAAAACGAGCGACGACUGAGAAGUUGCGUGAGACUUUCUUAAAAUAUGCAUCACACCAACAGAAUGGCGAAUUUUACAUGACCACGGAGGAUUUCAUUCGAGGCUAUCUGAGGCUAUUUCCGGAAGCAAAUUAUAAUAAGGAUUCAGUGAAUUUGAUGGGCAGCAUAGCUGACACGAGUAAGGAUGGAUUGAUAUCAUUUGCAGAGUUUCAGGCAUUCGAAGGAUUGCUUUGUACACCAGACGCACUCUAUAAAACCGCUUUUCAGCUAUUCGACACAAAUGGCAACGGAACCGUCAAUUACAAUGAAUUCUGUGAAAUUAUCAAAAAGACGGAAUUGCAUGCCAAAAUUCCAUUCCAUUUGGAUGGGCCAUUCGUACAAAGAUAUUUUGGAAAAGACAAAAAACGGGCCAUCAACUAUGCUGAGUUCUCGCAAUUGCUGCACGAUUUUCACGAGGAGCACGCCAAAGAAGCAUUUAAAAGCAAAGAUCCAAAUGGCACCGGCUAUAUUUCACCGAUGGAUUUUCUGGAUAUUAUGGUCAGCGUGAAGAGCCAUUUGCUCACACACGAUGUUAAAGACAAUUUAGUGGCUGUUACCGAAGGACGUAAAGUGAGCUUCGCUUAUUUUAUGGCCUUUAAUUCGUUAUUAAAUAAUAUGGAGUUAAUCAAACGUGUUUAUUUGAAUGCAACCGGUGGCAGCCGCUUAGAACCAAUUACAAAAGACGAGUUACUGUUAUCGGCACAGCUCAUGAGUCAAAUUACGCCGCUUGAAAUUGACAUUUUAUAUCAAUUGGCUGGAGUGCUUCAUCAGCCGGGCCCGGACCUGCGACUAUUGUAUAGUGAUUUAAAUAAUAUUGCCCCAGAGCAUUAUACGAAAAGCAUUACAGCACGGUUGACGGACAUUCAAGCAGUAUCCAGCCCAGACGAUCGAGGCAUUUUUAUUCAAGUGCUGGAAAGUGCAUACAGAUUCACAUUGGGGUCGUUUGCUGGAGCGGUUGGUGCGACGGCCGUGUAUCCGAUCGAUUUGGUGAAAACUCGUAUGCAAAAUCAAAGAACCGGAUCACUGGUCGGCGAAGUGGCAUAUCGUAAUUCAAUCGAUUGCUUCAAAAAAGUCAUCCGUCACGAAGGUGUGCUUGGACUAUACCGUGGUUUGGUGCCGCAAUUAAUCGGUGUUGCACCCGAAAAAGCAAUAAAAUUAACGGUCAACGAUUUGGUCAGGGACAAAUUAACGCCAAAAGAUGGUGUGUUACCAUAUUAUUAUGAAUGUAUCGCUGGUGCAUGCGCUGGCGCAUCACAAGUUGUGUUCACGAAUCCCCUGGAAAUUGUAAAAAUUCGAUUGCAAGUGGCCGGAGAGAUAGCUGGCGGUGGAAAAGUCCGUGCAUGGCAAGUUGUGAAGGAGCUCGGGUUGUUUGGCUUGUACAAAGGUGCACGAGCAUGUUUACUCCGUGAUGUACCAUUUUCAGCUAUUUAUUUCCCCGCUUAUGCACACACGAAAGCAGCGUUUGCCGAUGAAGAUGGCUACAAUCAUCCGCUUAGUUUGCUUGCUGCUGGUGCAAUUGCAGGUAUACCUGCCGCAUCGCUUGUAACACCUGCCGACGUCAUCAAGACGCGAUUGCAAGUAGCUGCACGUCAAGGUCAAACGACAUACUCGGGUGUGAUGGAUGCGGCAUCGAAAAUAAUGCGCGAAGAAGGUCCUCGUGCAUUCUGGAAAGGAACAAUGGCUCGUGUAUUCCGUUCAUCACCACAAUUUGGUGUCACAUUGGUCACGUAUGAAUUGUUGCAACGAAUGUUCUACGUUGAUUUCGGAGGUUCAAGGCCGAGUGGUUCGGAUGUAACGAAAACAUCAUCAACACUUGACACCACCAAAGUUCAAGUGAAUGCCGAUCAUAUCGGCGGUUAUCGUGCGGCUGUUCCAUUGAUUACUGGCAUCGAAACCAAAUUCGGUUUAAGCUUUCCCAAAUUUGCAUCAACAAUCCAACUAAAAUCCACAUAAAUUUGUGUUGGAAAAUCUCAAAACAAAAAUUUUAUUAAUUAAAUUGCAUUUGAAAUUUUUUUUCAUUAAAAACAAUGAUUUUGGACAUAAACACGAA